AUGAAUCUUAUUGAAUUAAUAACAACUCCAAAAUAUAUUCAGGUUAUCAACAACAUACAAAAUAUAUUAAUGAUCUAUGCACGAAUUAGUCUUGAAAUAUCCAAUCUUAGACGAUAUACUGUUGACAAUUUAGAAAAAUUAAAAGCAAUAAUAAAUUUAUUAACUUCCAUUUUGGCACUUUAUGAUGAACCGCCGAAAGUUUUUCAAAUGAUUAUGACAGAUUAUAUAACAAGUAACCGUCUCAAUACAUGUGCCAAUAUUGAUGCAUGUAUAACUCGUCUAAAAAUAUCAAAGAAUUUCAAAAGUGUCCUUGAAAAAAAUACAAUUAAUAAAAUAUUAUCAAAAUUAGAAAUUGAGUUAUUAAAAAAUUGGUUGUACGAUAAUAAUGAUAAUUAUGUUGAUGUGUUGCAAAUACUAGAUAACUCUAACAACGAUUUAUGGAAGUAUUCCGCUAAAAUUUUAGCAUAUUUCGAAAGAAUGCUAGGAUUUGAAAUAAUCAGAACAAAUCAUGGGCAGAUUACAGUUGAUGGUCCAUAUGCGCAAUUGGAACAAUAUUUAGCAAGAGUUAACAUGUCACAAAGAAAAACUAAAAUUGAGCAUCUUCUAUCCAAUCGAAUACAUUCAUAUUUGAAACAAACAAUAGGAAAAGAAAAUAUUGAAAAUUCACUAAAUAACGAUUACAAAUAUUUUGAAGACAAUUUAAUAGAAUUACAAUCUUUAUUAAAUCAACAACAACGAUCUCAUGUAAAAGUUAUUUGUUUAAUAUCAUGGUUAAAAUAUUAUGCCGAAAUGUAUUCUUUUGCAUUGAUUAUGACCCAAUCACAACAUGAUGUUAUGCGACAAAUAGAUCGCUUAUUAUUAAAUAAUGAGUCUAAAGUAUGUUCAUCAGUUAAAAUAUUUAUCAUUAAACAGAUGAUAUAUUUUCAUAAUAUAUCACUCGAGGAAUUGAAACAAACACUAUCGAAUCGAAAUAUUGCUUGGAUUAAACCAAUACUAUUACAACAAUCAGAUAUUCACGAAAAGGAAAGAAACAAUUUUAUAUUGCCUACAACAUUAUUUGAAUGUAAAAAUGAAUGUAUUCAUAUUAAUCAAUUAUUUAAACAACUGAAAGAUAUCAAUCAAUUAGAAAACUUAAUUAGAAAAUGUCAAACAGACAAAAAUUUAGCUUAUAGUUUUUAUUUAUGGUUUAUUAGAUAUUAUAGACGGUUUUAUACAAUAAAAAAUGUUUCGAUGGAUAUUAGCUUUGUUCAAUUGAUUGAAAAUCAGCUUCAACAUCAACUAAUUUCAACUUUCGAAGUAAUUGGAUAUCAGUUUAUUCUGCAACUGUGCAAAAAUUUUGAUAAUCAAUCAUAUUUUCAAUUGAAAGCAGAUAUGACAGAUAAUGAUAUGCAUCUUCGUCUUGUUGCAUUAAAUAUAUUUGCAUUAUAUUUAGCAUCGAAAUGUACAACAAAUUCAACCUACAUGAAUAGUCUUUUAUUUGAUGUUAAUGGUAAAAUGCCAAAAGACUAUUCACAGCAUUUAAUGACAAGAUGUUUAGUAGGUUUACAACCAAAUAAUAAUCAUAUUGUAAUACAAAUGCAACGUGUUAACAAUGAAGUACAAAAAGAUUAA